UCGGCCCGGCUCCGCGGGCAGCCCCCUGCUGCCGCGCCAUGUCCGCCGGCUGGUUCCGGCGCCGCUUCCUACCCGGGGACCCGCUCCCCGCGCCGCGGACACCCGGGCCGCGUGCCAGCCCCGUGCCCUACCGACGGCCCCGCUUCCUGCGUGGCUCGGGCUCCAGCCCAGGCGCUGCCGACGCCUCGCGCCGCCCAGAUGCCCGGCCCGUGCGCAGCCCCGCGCGGGGCCGUUCGCUGCCCUGGAACGCAGGCUACGCCGAGAUCAUCAAUGCAGAGAAAUCUGAGUUCAAUGAGGAUCAAGCUGCCUGUGGGAAACUGUGCAUCCGGCGAUGUGAGUUUGGGGCUGAAGAUGAUCAAGAGUGGCUGACCCUGUGCCCCGAGGAGUUCCUGACGGGCCAUUACUGGGCACUCUUUGAUGGGCACGGCGGUCCUGCAGCAGCCAUCCUGGCUGCCAACACCCUGCAUUCCUGCCUGCGCCGGCAGCUGGAAGCUGUGGUAGAGGGCCUGGUGGCCACUCAGCCCCCCAUGCACCUCAGUGGCCGCUGCAUUUGCCCCAGUGACCCACAAUUUGUUGAGGAAAAGGGCAUCAGGGCAGAAGACUUGGUGAUCGGGGCUCUGGAGAGUGCCUUCCAGGAGUGUGAUGAGGUGAUCGGGCGGGAGCUGGAGGCAUCAAGCCAGGUGGGCGGCUGCACAGCCCUGGUGGCUGUGUCCCUGCAGGGAAAGCUGUAUGUGGCCAAUGCUGGGGAUAGCAGGGCCAUCCUCGUGCGGAGAGAUGAGGUACGGCUGCUGAGCUCUGAGUUCACCCCAGAGACUGAGCGGCAACGAAUCCAGCAGCUGGCUUUUGUCUACCCUGAGCUUCUGGCUGGUGAGUUUACCCGACUGGAGUUUCCUCGGAGGCUGAAGGGGGAUGACUUGGGGCAGAAGGUUUUGUUCAGGGAUCACCACAUGAGCGGCUGGAGCUACAAACGUGUGGAGAAAGCAGAUCUCAAGUACCCACUGAUCCAUGGACAGGGUAGGCAGGCUCGGUUACUGGGAACACUGGCCGUCUCUCGGGGCCUGGGAGACCAUCAGCUCAGAGUCCUGGACACGAACAUCCAGCUCAAGCCCUUCUUGCUUUCUAUCCCACAGGUAACGGUGCUGGAUGUGGACCAGCUGGAGCUUCAGGAGGAGGAUGUGAUUGUCAUGGCAACUGAUGGACUCUGGGAUGUCCUGUCCAAUGAGCAGGUGGCAUGGCUGGUACGGAGUUUCCUCCCUGGGAACCGAGAGGACCCACACAGGUUCUCGGAGCUGGCCAAAAUGCUGAUACACAGCACACAGAGGAAGGAUGGUCCCACGGGGGAAGGGCAGGUGUCCUAUGAUGAUGUCUCUGUGUUCGUGAUUCCCUUGCACAGCCAGGGCCAAGGGAGCAGUGGCCACUGAGGAUUCAGACACUGCAUCACAGAACCACUCCAGUGCCGGGUGCGAUCUGGGCACCCCUCCACUGUGGCCAAGAGCAGGUCUUGCCUGCCCUGUCCCCAGCCACAGCCCAGUGCUCUUGCCAUCUACCCAUUUCAAGGGGAACACUUAUACCAGGCAGUCAGAGCUGGAAGUGUGUGGACUGCUCAGCCCACCAGAUCCUGUUUGCAGUGAUAACAUCUGUCUGGCAGAGGCACUUUACAACUUAGGAAAACCAAGUGAGGCUCAUCAGACAAGAUCCUCAACAGUCCCAAGUAUUAUUCUCAGAUGGGGACAUCUGGGCUAAGGGUAUUAGCCAGAGAUGCCACCAGGGGCAGCUAGCUGUGUUUGGAUCCAGGUCUCCAAUCCAUGGAUGUCAGGGCAUCCAUUCAGCAACCCCCAAAGUCCAUGUGUGGUGCCUCGUAGAAAGCUUUGGGCAACCUCACAUCUGCUGGAACAGCCAUCUUGAGCACAGCCCCCGAGAAGAGACCAGCUCAGGUCCUGCCCUGCUCUCCUCUGCCUUUGGAGGUGAGACACAGGCUCUGGGGCUAAAGUUGUGGGAGAUCAAAAAAGGGCAAGAGAAGCUCCUGAAUUGGUUGGGCGAGUGCUCUCCAGUUGCUACCUGCAGCCUGGCCCUCGCCCUGCCUUUGUCUGAUACCCCAAUGAUGCCUUUGUUCCCCAUCACCUCCCUUUUAUUAAAUGUUUGUGU